CUUCACACCUCGGGCUCAGGAUAAAGCGGUCGCUGGCCGCCGGCCCCCAGACGCGCCGGCGCUGCCAUGGCCCAGUCCCUGUGCCCGCCGCUCUCUGAGUCCUGGAUCUUCUCCGCGGGCUGGGGCCCAGCUCGGCCGCCGCCGGCCUCCAACAGGGACUGUGGCUGCUCGCCCGCCUCGUCCCCGGAUUCCUGGGGCAGCGCCCCGGCCAGCAGCCCCGUGUCUAGCCCCGGGAGGCCCGUCACCAGCGCCGCCCUCCGCGCCCCGACUGCGGGGAGGCGCGGCGCCCGCAGCAGCCGCCUAGGCAGCGGGCAGCGGCAGAGCGCCAGCGAGCGCGAGAAGCUGCGCAUGCGCACGCUCGCCCGCGCCCUGCACGAGCUGCGCCGCUUUCUGCCGCCGUCCGUGGCGCCUGCCGGCCAGAGCCUGACCAAGAUCGAGACGCUGCGCCUGGCCAUCCGCUACAUCGGCCACCUGUCGGCCGUGCUGGGCCUCAGCGAGGAGAGCCUGCAGCGCCGGCGCCGGCGGCACAGCGACGCAGUGGUCCCUCGAGGCUGCCCGCUGUGCCCCGACGGCGGCCCCGCGCAGGCGCAGACGCAGACGCAGAUGCAGACUCAGGCACAGGCGUGCGGCCCAGACCUGGGCUCAGCCGCCAGCGCCGUGGUGUCCUGGGGGUCCCCGCCCGCCUACCCCGGAGCCCUAGCGGCGCCCGAGCCGCGCGAUCCGCCGGUGCUUUACAACGAGACGGCGUGCCCGGAAGGGCCGGCGAUGGAGCCAGGCCCCUCAUCUCCGCUCUUUCCCGGCGACGUACUGGCCCUGCUGGAGACCUGGAUGCCCCUCUCGCCCCUGGAGUGGCCGCCGGCCUGAGUAGUUGAAGUGACGGCGGACAUCUGGCGCCCCGUUCUGUGAGCACCGACGCCUUUUUGGCCUCUGCGCCUUCGAAGAGGUCCCACUCUAGACUCCCUUUCCUGGAAGAGGGCACUGGCGAUACUGGCAUGGGCAUUGCUGAAAGGGAGAGCCUGUCCCCACCCAGGACGGACUUCCCCAACCCCUCCCGUGAUGGAGGGACCCAGAGGGUAGACACUUUGAGGCAGGCAGGAGGCUCUGCCUAGUACGUGUUUAUUUAUUUGUGAAUAAAUUUUGUGCUGGUGUCA